AUGGUGGGUAACCAGCUCAAUGAGGUGACUGGUGGUCUCGGCCUCAAAGGUGGAGACGAUAAUGCCGAGAAAACAGCUGAAGGCGAGGAUCCAGAGGUGUGUUUAGAAUGA